AUGAAUAUUUUAUCAGCAAUCACUAUCUUAAUUCUGUGUGUCGUCGUACAAUGCAGCUAUGCUCAAAAACAUUUUUCUGUGCGAGCCACCGAUAGAGCUCGAUUAAAAAAAGAGAUUUUAGCUGAUAUGCAGUUCAUUCUUCGAGAUGCUAAGCCACAACAGAUAAAAUCUCUUCAUCACCACAUCCCACUCUGUCUUGCAAAAAAAGACGGACUUGAACGCUUGUUCAAUGACACCAUUGACUUAUGGGAGCUUUUCAUCAAAGAGACAGAACGAUCAGUUGGUCUUGCAAUACGUGCAAACACAGUCAUCAACAAAAUUGUUGAUUCUCUUGGCAAAGUUCUGGACAAACUCAGUGAUCCACAACUUGAAGCAGUUUUCAAAGUGGUUCACUACGUGGAAGGUCAUCAUGGUGAUCGACCAGCCUUUAUAUGGGUUCUCCAACAGGCGUUCGAGGAAUGUGUCUACGGUGUUUAG